GUAGGCCAAGCUACGUUAGGCUACAUUAGGUAGGUCUACGUGUUGUUUACAAUGAUUUGCCGUAGUUAUUGUAAAGAAAACAGGGAAAUACACCAUUGGCAUUCGUAACGGGAGCAGCUUAGGCCUAAUAUGACAACGGAACAAGUGCCAUGGAGCUCAACAUUGCUCCUGUGCUACAGUAUGGUUGUGCCCUAGAUCUUGAUCCAGACAAGAGAAUUGGCGUGGAAUAUUGAGGAAUUCGACCAGGAAAUGCCCAUACUCCUCAACUGAUAUAAAAACAUUAUUAAAAUGGAUUCCGAUGAAGAUGAUCGUAUUGGUUUUGAAAACCAGGCCAGGAUGGAUCCAUUUGAUGUGAUUAUCAAUGAUCUCAUUAUGGAAUUAGAUGCUGAUGAUUUGAUAUUCAAUGAGGUUGUCAACCUGUCAAAGACUCCACUUGGGUUUUCUCAUGAUUUAAAAUCUGGUGAAGAAUAUUUCAGACUUCUGGGGAAUAACUUGGGUAAGGAAGACAUGCUGGAUUUUCUGAUUAAUGUGACAGAUUAUCAGAACUGGCAUUGUGACUUUGGUACUGAGAGGGUAGCAGACAGACUAAAGAAAUACAAAGAUAAGCUUGAGAAACACAAACAACAAUGGAGGAGGAAGGACAUUUUUGAUCCCAAUUUUGUUGGAAGGGACAAAGAAAUCAACUCUAUCAUGGAAGGAGUGCAGAAUGAACACGGCACAUUCACAGGUGUGAGUAUAUUUGGCUCUGGAGGCAUAGGGAAGACAUCUCUGGGCAAUGAAGUUUGUCGUCGACUUUGGGCCUUAUCAAAAAACUGGCAAGUCAUCAAAAUUGAUCUCAGAGGGAAAUACUCGAUGGGAGAUUUAAUGAAGGACAUUAUCUUAGAGCUUCAACUGAAGGAUGAUGGAACAAUGUCAGAUGCUGAUUCAGAUGACCUGCAAAACAGCCUAAAAGAUGCAAUGGAAAGCAGGAUGCAAGCUAACAUUUUAAACCACCUAGGCAAAAUCACACGCAGAACGAUUGUCAUGCUGGAUAAUGUUGAUGAUAUUAUCCACAAAAAUGAAAAAGGAUUUAUACCAUUUGUCAAAAUGCUAUUGAAUGCAAUACAGACAAAAUGCAAGGUCCGAGUUAUCAUUACAAGUCGUGUAAGCCUCCAGCGUGACAGAUUUGGAGGAACCUUGACAGAACUGAGGGAUCUCCUAUCUGAAGUGGAAGUUCGACAGCUGCAGGUAGACGAUGCUAAGGAACUGAUCAGAAAGUGUACUCCAAAAGGGUUGGUAUCAGAAGAGGAGUGUUAUUGCCUGGUUAAACUGACUGAGAGGAACCCCCUGGCUUUACGUACAAUAUGUAGUAUUCUGAAAAACUGCUGCAGACAGGUAAAGCCAGCUGAGGUGAUUAGACAUCUGAGGAGCAAUGAAGGAAAACUGUCCAUGGUUGGUAUGGAAAAAUGCCUCCAGGAGAGUUUCGAUAGACUUGAAGAUAGCAUGAAAAAUAUUCUGAUACAGUUGACAUUGUUCAAGACCUCACCUUUUGACAUCAAUGCUGCCAGUGAAGUUUUAAGGGCUGACAAUACUCCAAAACCACAAAUUUUGCUGACAAAGAUGAAUCUAUUCCAUUUGAAAAGCCGUCACCUUAUUGAAGUCCAAGAUACGACCAUUCAGACAGAAGGAAACCUGAAACAGAACAUCCAGCCCAGACCUGAAGAAUUGGGAAACAUCAACAGAAAUGUCCUGUAUUCCCUACAUCCCCUGGUGUUUGAGUUUCUAACCAAACAAAAAAGUCAAAUGUCAGCAGUAUUGAUGCCUGCAAAAAUAAGGUUUUUUGAAUACAUGGAAAGAAUUAUUGGAAUAAUCGGAAAGGAGCAAGAAAAUUAUUAUUAUAGCACUCAGCUGUAUCUAAGAGAGUAUCACGUACAUAUUCAGAGCUAUUUUGACAUUACAUUAGAGCUUCAGGGAGAUAUUGAGACCAGAAGAGUAAAUAUGACCACAUCAAACCGAAUUUUGGAGAUAGGCCGACGAGUCCUUAAUCAGGACGGGCAGCUACGAUGGCUUCAGUGGGUUACAGAUAGAGCUGAACGAAAUGGCCAAGUUGAUCAGUGGGUCUUCUACCGUGGCUACAUGAUACAAUUGCUGACAGAAAUGGAUACAAUUUCUGACAUACCAAGCAUCAUGGAUGUUACCGAAAGAAAACUUGAUAUGAAACUGAGGAGACCUGAUACUGGUAUGAAAGUAGCUUUAGGAAAUUAUCACCAUAAAAAGGCAAUGUACUUCAAAAAAAUAGAUAAUCGACAGAAGGUCAUCGAAAACUUGGAAAAGGCUAGGCAGUAUUUAGAGGAUGAGGACAUCAGACCAAUGACAAACAUGGUUAUGAUACUUGCCAAUGUUUACAACGACCUUGGGUGUUCGUAUUAUCUACAUGAUUCAGAGAAGUGCAGAAGCUAUCAUGAAAAAGCGAUUUCAAAAUCGUUAGAAGAACACCCAGAUGUGGACAUGUUCAAAAACAAUCUUGCUGUUUGUCAGUUAAAAGAUAUAUUGGACCAGACUUUAGAGCAGUCAUCCCGAGAUGAGAACAUCGAAGAGACACUUGAACAUUUCAGCAAUGUAAUAGCAAAAGGAAGACGGCAAGGCACAGAUAAUACAGAUUCACACACAGUAGCUCUGAGAAACAGAUCAACAUUGUAUCUGCACUUAAAACGGUACGAGGAAGCAUAUUCUGAUGCUAAAAAGAGUCUUGAAGUGCGAAAAAAGAUUUUGAAGGACCCGCAUGAGGACUUGACUUUGAGCUGUAGCCACGUGGCCCGUAUUUUGUAUAACUGGGGCGACCAGCAGAUACGCAGUGGGAAUAUAGGCCUAGGGUUCCCCCACCUUAAGGAAGCUAUCCAUUUCUACGAUGAGGCUCUAACAAAGAUAAAGAAUGGAGGGUUAUCCAUAGACCAUGAAGAAUAUGCUGAAAUAAAGAAAUUCCACUUGAAAGCUGUAAACAGAGUAGACACAAAAAGAAAACAGCACUUGGAACAGGAAUACCAGGAUCUGGUAUACAGAAGAUCUAGUAUCUUAUUUGAUAGAGAGGAUAGUGGACAUUCCUCGGAUGGUGGUAGUGACGAGCAGGGUUCCAGUACCGAUGAUCUGAUGAGUGACAUACAGACAGACAGUUCACAGGACGAACAGAUCAAAACCUCUCGGGAUGAGGGAACGUUAAAGGAGAUGCCAGUAGAUACUCAGAAGACUUUAGAUGACACCAUGAACUUCCUAUCUCCAAUGUCCAAGGGUAAAGGCAGAUAUGAACAUCAAGAUUCUGGAUAUGUUAUGGGAGGCAGUACCAGUUCCUUUCGUAGUUCCACAUCUCGUCGUUUGUCCAGACAAGAAUCUUUUGAAGUUCUUGAUCGACCAAGCAUGACAUCAAACACUUCGGGAUCUUCAGAAGAUGUUUUUCCUCCACCUAGUCCACUAGAUUUGUCUAUGAAUGAAUUAAUUGCAAAAGUUUCAAGAAAGUCUUCCAGAAGCAAAGGGAGGAGUCGUUCUCAACAGAGCGAUAUACCUAACAGGGAAGAGAAACUUUCCAGAGGUCACAGUGACACGACAAUUCUUCAAACCACAGGGAAAGCAGACUGCACUACAUCUUUUGAUCAAAGGCAGGCUUCGAUAGAAGGUAAAGAUGAACCUAUCAAAGUCCCAGAGAAAGAUGAAGGUCAAGGUGACAUGGAGAGUCCUUCAGUACCUGUCAAAGUGACAGGGAAACGAAAGGGUAUAGAGGACACAGAAAGUCCGGUGGUACCAGCCAAGUUGACAAAGGAGGAUUUGGGUCAUUAAGAUGGAUAAUGUCCUGAUAAAACAGCCAAGGUCAAAAUGGAGGAAAGCUGUCAUGGUAACAAUGAUACAGUAAAUUGGGUUGGACCAGUCAUGGUCACAAAGGCAUAGAGAUGAACCAUUCAAAAUCCUGUUUGAGUGGUCAAGGUCACAAAGGAGGAUAGAGGUCAAGUGACUCAAAAUACUGAUUCCUGUUAAGAGUUUCAGGGAAGGGUA